GGGCGCGCUGAGUGGGGCGCGGGGCCGCCAUGUCGCUGUUGCCGCGGGGCCGCCGCUGCGCGGUGGCCGCCACCGCCGCCAGGCGGCUGCUGCUGGGGCCCCCGGGCCGGGUGUCUGGGAGCCGUGUAUGUAACCGGCAUAGGACAUCAGGUUCGUUGCCAGAAGAAAAAAAAGAAUUUCUGCAAAAUGGACCAGACUUAAAAGACUUUGUAUCUGGAGAUUUGUCCGACAAGAAUGCAUGGGCUGAAUAUAAAGGCAGUUUGAAGCGCCAGAAAGGAGAAAGGCUACGACUUCCUCCAUGGCUGAAAACAAAGAUUCCCAUGGGAAAGAACUAUAAUAAACUAAAGAAUACCUUGAGAAGUUUAAAUCUUCAUACGGUAUGUGAGGAAGCACGUUGUCCCAACAUUGGAGAAUGCUGGGGAGGUGGUGAAUAUGCUACAGCUACAGCUACUAUUAUGCUGAUGGGUGACACAUGCACUAGAGGUUGCAGAUUUUGUUCAGUAAAGACAGCAAAAAAUCCACCUCCACUAGAUCCUGAGGAGCCUUACAAUACAGCAAAAGCUAUAGCUGAAUGGGGCUUGGAUUAUGUUGUAUUGACAUCUGUGGACAGAGACGAUAUGCCGGAUGGUGGAGCAGAACAUUUUGCAAAGACAGUCUCUCAUCUGAAAGAAAGGAAUUCUAAAAUUCUAGUAGAAUGCCUAACUCCUGAUUUUCGAGGGGACCUUAAAGCUGUGGAGAAAGUAGCAUUGUCGGGACUAGAUGUAUAUGCCCACAAUGUGGAAACUGUUCCAGAAUUACAGAGGAAGGUGCGUGAUCCCCGAGCCAACUUUGAGCAAUCUGUACGUGUCCUGCAGCAUGCGAAAGAAGUCCAACCUGGCAUAAUUUCUAAAACCUCCAUUAUGUUGGGGCUAGGUGAGACGGAUGAGCAAGUAUAUUCAACGAUGAAGUUAUUGCGUGAAGCCGAUGUAGAUUGUUUGACCCUAGGACAAUACAUGCAGCCAACAAAACGUCACCUAAAGGUUGAGGAAUAUAUAACUCCUGAAAAAUUCAAGUACUGGGAAAAAGUAGGAAAUGAUCUUGGAUUCCAUUACACAGCUAGUGGGCCUUUAGUGCGCUCCUCUUACAAAGCAGGUGAAUUCUUCUUGAAGAACUUAGUAGAAAAAAGAAAGACAAAAGCCAUCUGAAAAAGAACUGGCUGCUUUAAAUAAGUUUACUUUCCAAGGAUCCAUUUUUUCCAGCCCAUAAACUCAGUUCCAGAAAUACAGAAGACCAGAUGGUGGAUGCAUGAAUAAAUUUACUAUCUUUCUAGAACUUUUCUCUCACAAAAACACUUCAAAUUAAUUUACCUAAUGCUUCCUGGCAAGGAUACAACUGCUGGUUGGACUACUAGUACUUUAGUGUUCAGUAACCAGUGAGAAGAUGGAACUUAAAAGUAUUGAUGAAACUCUUUAAGAGCAAAAGAGGUGGAAGAAGUACAAGCUGAAGAUACCAGACAAGUUCAAGUAAACAAGGUUUUUACUACUCUCACUAUUGCUGCAAUUAGAUUCUUGUUAAGAUGUUAAUAAUAAGUAAUUAGAGAAGUACUGAUGUCUUGAUACAUUACCAUUACUAUGUAACACAAAUUUGGGAAACUUGGGAGAAUCAAAGAAAGAUUGUAUAUAUGACAAAAGCCCCUAUUAAGGCUAUCUUGAAUCACACCAGAGAAAACAUUAUUAGCAUGCUUCAAGAGACAGUGUCUUAAACUGUAUCUGAAAAAAGCUAGCUAACCAUUCUGAUAGUUAAUGCUUCUCAGGUACUUGGGUGUCAAAGGAUGAGCAGGAUUAGUCUGUGGAAAGCCAAUUGAUUUUUUUUAGGUGUCAUAAUUUAAACCAUAUGGAAAAUCAAAGUUGCCAUAAUAGCGUAAGUAGAGCCACCCCUAGUUUGGGUGUAAGACUAUAGCAAACCCCACUGAGUUGCAUACAUGCUUCUUCAAAAUGGGGUAUGCAGAACUGUUGAUACUCUAUACUGUACUGUACUUUUAGUUUCAUGGGUAUUGCCUUACUGUUAAAGGAAAAUUUAACAGCUAGUCUAAGGUUUGUUGGUCGCAUUUGAUCUGGUUACUUACCCCCUGGGGCUUGGUCUAGCUGUUAAAUAUGAAUCGAGCAGAGAAAUGAAUUGCAUUGCAGGAUGAAAUGUGAAAACCAUUAUAUAUAUUUUUAAUUGUAGCAGAAAUAAAACAUGCUUAUGGUAUGCUA